CUCUUAUGUGCGCGCGCUUGGCUUGGUGAAGCACACAGCUCGCGGUAAUCAGCACGAGAGGAGCACAGAGCAGAGCUUCUGAAGGAGGGUGUGACAGCAUCUCUAGCAACUCACCAGGACUGUGUUUUUCCAAUUCUGUUAACUCACCUGCAGUGCACUCUUUAAAAAUGGCAGCCGCUGAAGAGAUCCUGGUCAAAGAGCUCGACAAACGCGCCUCGGGCCAAGCCUUCGAGGUGAUCCUCGCUGCUCCUGUGCCAGAUGCCAAGGGAGAAUUCCCCCUGUCUCCCCCCAAGAAGAAGGAAAUGUCGCUGGAGGAAAUCCAGAGGAAGCUGGACGCUGCAGAGGAGAGACGCAAGAACCAUGAGGCCGAGGUUCUGAAGCACUUAGCUGAGAAGCGAGAACAUGAAAAGGAGGUGCUACAGAAAGCGAUGGAGGAGAACAACAACUUCAGUAAGAUGGCAGAGGAGAAGCUCAAUCAGAAGAUGGAGGCCAACAAAGAGAACCGCACAGCACUUUUGGCAGCGAUGAACGAGAAGUUCAAGGAGAAGGACAAGAAGUUGGAAGAGGUGCGGAAGAACAAGGAAACCAAAGAAGGCACCGAGGACUGAGCGUUUCACAGGGGGCUUGUAUAGGGUUUUUUACGUAUCCAAAGAUUGAUUUAUUUUUCGUUCGGCCAGUAUUUUUGUUUUCACCUCCCAACCUUUUUGAAAUAAAUCCAAGUACUUUGUGAAAUUUUCAAUUCUCCUGCUAUGAGUGUACUUGCGCUGGUUUUACAUGUGCACCCCCCCCCCCCCCCAUGUCUAUUCCAUUUGAUAGUAGCUUGUCGGUGCAGCUUCUCCCCUUUUUGAAACUAGCAGUGUGUCCUUAUCCUUUUGUAAGGAAAGCAUGUUUCUAUGCAUAGGUCUUUUACCCCUGCCUCUUUCAUAGUGCGUUUUGCAUCUCUGUGAACUACAUCUGUUCUCAGCACUCACUGUAUAUUAAAAUAAAAAAAAACAAGUAGCAAAAGGUUAACUUGGAGGCGUCGGCUGUUAUUCACGCGGGUGUUUUCGUGCAGCUUCGCUCCGUUUUGCUCCUGCAGAUGUUUCCGUGCCGCUGCUGAUUCUUGGCUUUUUGUAAAACACACUGGGGUCGUCCUUAAAGCACACAACGUCUUGCUGUGAAAUACAGAGCCAGGUUUGGAAGAUGGUCGCAAUCCUGACUGAACGGGGAGGAGGGGGGGGUCUACAUGGGAUGCAAACGAGCAAUACACUUCGGCACCUCCAAUAGAAACAGUGGCUAGUGACUUGAACUGUUGUACUAAAACAAAUAAAAAAUGUGAACUCAGAA